AUAAUAUUUGCACCAGCGAUUGACAGAAGGCGUGUUGGUCGGCCUCGCUUUCUGUCUCUCUGUCGUGCUCUCUCUCUCUCUCUCAUUUCCGCUUUUUGUGGGUAUCUUUCUUUUUGUUCCUUUAUAGUCUCACAGGAGCACACAUACAACGCACAUACACAGAGAGGGAGAGAGAUGGCUGGUUAUAGAGCAGAGGACGACUAUGACUAUCUCUUCAAGGUGGUGUUGAUUGGGGACUCGGGCGUGGGAAAGUCCAACUUGUUGUCGAGGUUCACCAGGAACGAGUUUAGCUUGGAGUCGAAGUCUACAAUUGGUGUGGAGUUCGCAACCAGAAGUCUGAAUGUGGACGGGAAGGUCAUCAAAGCUCAGAUUUGGGACACUGCUGGUCAAGAGAGGUACCGUGCUAUUACCAGUGCAUACUACAGGGGGGCAGUUGGUGCACUGCUCGUGUAUGAUGUCACCCGGCAUGCGACAUUUGAGAAUUGUGAGAGAUGGCUGAAGGAGUUAAGAGACCAUACUGACCCCAACAUAGUCGUGAUGCUCAUUGGCAACAAAUCCGACCUUCGUCAUCUUGUUGCAGUUUCUACUCAGGAUGGGAAAGAUCUUGCAGAGCGUGAGUCUCUCUAUUUCAUGGAGACAUCUGCAUUGGAAUCCACAAAUGUCGAGGAUGCAUUCGCAGAGGUCUUGACACAGAUUUAUCACAUAGUGAGCAAGAAAGCUGUUGAGCCAGGCGAAGAUGGAGCUGCAGCAACAUUGCCGAGCAAGGGGGAGAAGAUAAAUAUUGGAAACAAAGAUGAUGUUUCUGCACUAAAGAGAAUUGGGUGCUGCUCAAACUAGAGCCUUGAUAAUUGGUACUGCGGAAAAGUUGUCGGUUUACACAUAGCAGUUCUGCUUGCCAUUGUUUCUUGUAUGCGGGCUCUAAAAAACUUCAGCUUCAAAUCUAGACCGUUUUGCUUGACAUCCAGCAGGAAAGAGUUGUGUUU